AUGGCAAAGCAACUCAUAAUCAUGCUUCUCCCUUUGCUUUUUCUCCUUUUCAUUUUAUCAGAAGUAGUUGAAGGGACUAAGAAAUCAUAUGGUGUAUACGACAACAGCAACUCUGUAAAAUUGUUUGUAUUUGGAGAUUCAUAUGCUGACACAGGAAAUUUUGUGGGCUCACCAUCGUACAAGCAACCUUAUGGAAUCACAUUUCCUGGUAAACCUGUUGGAAGAUUCAGUGAUGGUCGUGUUCUUACCGAUUAUAUUGCUUCCUUUUUGAAAAUUGAAACCCCUGCACCAUAUGCAUUGAGAAAUUCCUCAACUCUACAAAAUGGAAUCAACUUUGCUUUUGGAGGAACAGGUGUUUUCCAAACAUUGAAGGUGAAGGAUGGACCAAAUAUGACUGUCCAAAUUGACUCACUUGAGAAGUUAAUUCAAAAAAAUGUCUAUACCAAACAAGACCUUCAAUCCUCUGUUGCCCUUGUGACAGCUGCUGGCAACGAUUACGAGGCUUUUAUAGUAAACAAUAAAAGCAUUAUAGAGAUAAAAUCCUUCACUACAACCCUUAUCAAUCAACUAUCCAUAAAUGUUCAACGCAUCCACAAUUUAGGAAUAAAUAAAGUAGCAAUUGCGUUAUUGGAACCACUCGGGUGUUUACCUCGGAUAAACGCUGUUGGAAAACCGGUUUACGUGACAUUAGACCUCUAUAACGCUUUCCUCUCUAUAAUUAAAACUUUGCAGAAAAAGCGCGAUGAAAACUCAACACUGAUGAAUCCAUUGAAAGCGUGUUGUGUGGGAGAUGGUUUGAAAAAUAAUUGUGGAAGUGUGGAUGAUAAAGGAGAAAAGAAAUAUAGUGUAUGUGAGAAACCAGAGCUUUCAUUCUUUUGGGACGGUGUACAUCCUUCUCAAAAUGGUUGGCAAGCUGUCUAUACAUUGUUGCAAUCUUCUCUUGGUCAACUUAAUCAUGGAUGA